CAAAAACGUCAUCCCGUCCCGUCCCGUCUUCUGUUUUGUGGACCGAACGGCGAAACGAACGAACCGAAUCGUAGCAACCUUCGACGCACCAACACGCGCGCGCAGCAUACACUUAACGCACCCCACCGCCAAUUUUCCGCUCUCCGAGGGUCGAUGAAGUUCCGUCCACUCCGGAACACGCCGACCGCCGACUGUGCCUCCGUGGGAGCCUCCGUCGGGCUCGGAGCUCGCCCAGCAGCCGCCGGCACGCAAACGCACCAGUACUUAAGCCAUCCACAAUUCUUCGGGCCCGGCGUUGGUAGAGUGUCGCUGGUUUACGCGAAUGGCGACGGCCGUAUCUCUGUUGGCCAAACUACACAGCAGUGCCUUUGACCAGACACAGCAUCACCAUCACCACAAGCACUUUCCACCGUGCGGCCAACCGGGACCGGAAGUGGCCGUUCUGCACCGUACGAUCCUCGGUAGCCGGCAACGGGGAGACCAGCACCUGGAGCAACAGCUGCACGUACAGCAGCAGCAUCAGCAGCAACAGCAACAGCAGCUUCAGCAGCCCAAUCCGCUCGAAGCAUUGGAUUUCCAUCUGCUGUGCCGCUCGUUCGAGGAAGAGUUCGAACAAAUGGAAUUUUCCGGUGACGCCAGCACGUACCAAUAUCAGCAGCAGCAGCAACAGCAACAGCAACAAGGUUCACCACAACAACUGCCGGCGGUGCAGCCCAGCAGACGGCAGCAAGAUUUCGAACAGAUCACUUCCGGUUACAACCUGGAUAACGAGGACACGUACAGCGGUUCGCCGAACAACUUCCAGGAGUAUCAGAACAACUUUGUCGACUCCCCACCGGAUUCGAAGGAGUCGUGGUCGGUGGACUACAACAAAAUGCACACCGCGAUCACCGCGUCGACCAGCGCCAGUAACGAUACAACCAACUCAUCGGCCACGGUCACUGCGGUUGCGGUCACAACCGCUGCCGUAGCGGUCGCAACUGUUGCCGCUUCUCAACAGCAGCAGCAGCAGCAGCAGCAGAACCAACAGCAACAACAGCAGCCGCAGCAGCAGCCAGACGCGGCUGCCACCUACAUUAGCAACGCAAUCCUGCCGAGUCGCAAGCGACGUAUGGAGUGGCUGUCCCCGCAGGAGGAGGAUACCGAUGGUACCGAUACGAAGAUCGCCAAUAUCGAUAAGGAGCGUGACGCACGGCGCAAGGGAAGCAUGCGUUGGGCAGACGAACUCGAUCUCGAUCUCAGCAACGAGCUGUCGAGCAACGGUUACAUCAGUGAUUCGUUGCUGAACUUUCCCGUGUUCAAACAGGAGCUCCCUUCACCGCCGCAAAAGCCGCAACAGCAACAACAGCAGCAGCACCAACAACAGCAGCAGCAGCAACAGCAACAGCAUCAGCUUCAACAACAGCAACAAGCACUACUGCAGCAGCACGGAGCAGGAACCACUGACCACUCACAGCACUCCACAGCAGCACCAGCAGGAUUGCAGCAGCCGCUUGGUGCAGCAGGAAACGGUGGUGCCGCUGGAGUGAGCCCUGGCAAUGGAGGCAAUUCUCACCAGCAGCAGCAGCAGCCACAACAACAGCAACAUCACCAGCAGCAGCCGCAGGUGGCUCAAUUUCCGCAGCAGCAGCAACAACAAGCGGUACCAAAUGCCCUCAACAGCGGGCAAGGAUUGAUAAGCAACCCUGCGAUCGGUACUGGGCUCAGCACUCUGCAAACGUUUUUGCAAAAUAACCGCCUUGAUACGGACAACAAUGGAGCUGUGCUGCAGAUGAAUCAGGAUGGAACGCUAGGAGUAGCAUCACGCGGCGAGAAAGCACACGACGAUCACAAUCGGUUCCAGUACGUACUGGCGGCGGCAACGUCGAUAGCCACGAAGAACAAUGAAGAAUCUCUCACGUACCUUAACCAGGGUCAAAGUUACGAAAUCAAGCUCAAGAAGCUCGGCGAUCUGUCCCCGUUUCGGGGCAAGAUUUUGAAAAGUAUUAUAAAAAUAUGCUUCCACGAGCGCCGCCUGCAGUACAUGGAGCGGGAGCAGAUGCAACUUUGGCAGGUUUCCCGUCCAGGUGAACGAAUUCUCGACGUCGACAUUCCGCUGUCGUACGGGCUGCUGCAGGUACAACCCACAAACAAUAAUCUACUCAACACGAUCGAGGUGUUCUGGGAUCCGAUGAAGGAGGUCGGCGUUUACGUAAAGGUGAACUGCAUUUCGACGGAGUUUACACCGAAAAAGCACGGCGGUGAAAAGGGUGUUCCGUUUCGGAUUCAGGUUGAAACCUAUAUCGAUAACGGCGGGCUGCAGAACGGAGCAAGCAAUGGUACCGCAGGAGACGAUAAGGACACGGUACGACCGCUCCACGCCGCAGCUUGUCAGAUAAAGGUGUUUAAACUGAAAGGAGCAGACCGCAAACACAAACAAGAUCGGGAGAAAAUACUCAAACGUCCCGCCACGGAGCAAGAAAAGUAUCAACGAAGCUGCGAUUGCACAAUACUGUCGGACAUUACGACCGAUUCCGUGCUGCUCCCGCUUGGAGGAAGCUUCAGUCCCGACCACAUUAAGCGCAACGUAUCUCCACUGUUGGGCGGAGGUCCGACAUCGCCCGCACAGUACACGAAGCUGGAGACCAUUAUGUCGACCGUGCUGCAGUGCAACGGGAAUGUUAAUGUUGGUAGCAAACCAACGGCCACCAUUGCGGCCGCAGUGGCUGCAGCCGUCCAGAGCAGCAACGCCAACAAUCCGAUCGGCAUCAGCAACGUUAGCUCGACGAACGGGCUCUGCAAACCCCUGAUAGAUCAUCAGCAGGCCGUGCUGUCACCACAGCAACCUCCGAGCGAACUCGACGAUUAUGUGCCGUGCAUUACGCGCGAAACUAGCCCCGGAGGCGUCGCGCAGUGGUUGGCCGUCCAUCGCCUGUCGGCCUACGGGAAAAUGUUUGCACAGUUUUCCGGUUCCGACAUACUGAGAAUGUCGAAAGAUGACCUAUGCAAAAUCUGCGGACUUGCGGAUGGCAUUAGAAUGUUUAACAUUCUUCAUUCGAAGGCCAUCACGCCGCGCCUCACGAUCUACGUCAGCUUCGAGGCUAACAUUUACCACGCGAUCUAUCUGCAUCUGAACACGAUCGCCGAGCUGGUGCAAAAUCUGUCGAAAGUUCCCGGCUUCCUGGAGGCGAUCAAUGCUCUCAAUACACCAAAUUCUACGACGUCGGAGACCAGCGGUUGGAAUGGCGGCUCGUUUGGUGGUAUUCGGCCCAGUGGUGGCGGUGGAGUCCUUAAGCUGGCCACUCAAAAUGGUAAUGGCCCGCAUCAGUCGGUGCCUUCGCCCGCAUCGCCGAUCUCUUCGUCAUCCUGUGGCCCCAAGCUGCAGUUGCUGAUCAAUGGGCCGAGCGGAAUACAGGUUCUGCUCACGGAGGACGUGCUGAACAACGUGCGGGACGAGACGCUGUUUCAGCUUGAGCUGAAACCGAACGGCAAUAUUCUGAUGAAAGCGGUCCACAGCCCAGGAGCACCCGGUGACGGAUCGAUCGAUGACGACGGCAAUUAAGAGGCAACAAGAAGAACGAGAAGGGAUACGUUGACAAAGUUUUAUCUUUCUAAAUAAUGUUAACAUGUUUUAAAUGGAGCGAAGCGUUUGCAGCUUUGCAUAGUUUAUUUUUCUAGUUUAUGUUGUUUAGGUAAAAUUGUCUAUCGAAGAAAAAUAGUAGUUUACGUAAAGUUAGUGUGCAGCCCGAUGAGGGCGUUGGGGUAGCUGGAAGAACGGUUUUAAUCAUUCGCACGCCAACAGGCAACGAACUGUAGGGCAUGGAACGCGCCCCUGCGUGCGCCCGGUCGAAUAUUGUGCAAUGUCAAUGGAAAGCGACCUCCAUUCAGGGGUUAAUUGGUUUGUUUUUGCUUUAGAACUUUUUAUCUAUGUUUUCAUUUCCGGACCCGCGAUUUGUCUUGAAGAAGCGUAAAAAAUCUUGCCCCUUUUGUUUGCUAUUUGCCACCCACACCGUAAUGUGCCAUCGUUGGUCAUCGUUUCGCCACCCGCGUGGCGAUGUACGUAACGCAGAAAGGGAGGAAAAACCGUGUGCUGUGUAAACUGUGCGAACGGGACAAUCUGAACCGGAGCAUCACAUCGAAGGCAUUUAUACAUAAAAUAAAGGAAGCACAAAAAGUUGUUGCUUUGGUGCUCUACACACAGAACCGAAAAGAAACACACAAAAAACAUGUUUUAUUAGUACAAAUCCGCGCUGAGCAAAGGGACAGAGAUAGCGAGUGAGAGAGAGAGAGAGGGAUAGAGCAGGAGAAGAUGAGCGUGUUGAGCGCGCGAAAGACGAAUUGAUCGGGUUUUCUAAUGUUAUUUUUUAUCGGAUAGGCACUAUUGCAGUUUUAGGAAGGCAUAAGAAAUAGAGUUUUAACUGACUGUGUUUUUCUUUUUAGUAUAUACACCACACUUUAAUCAACGUACAUAACAGCAUAAUAUUGCUACAACGGCCGUUUCGAAAGUGCGCUCUUAAAAUAAAAGAACAAUGUCAUUGCAGAAAAAUAGACACAAAAAAAUAAAAUGUUUAUUAUCAA